UACAAAAGUAGAACAUAAAAGUCAAAAAUUAUGAAAUUCAGAUUGAUUUUUAUUCUUAUGAUUAUUGCAUUAAGCUUUUCUACAGCUCAACGAGGAAGUCGAAACAGAGCUGGAAAUCAAAAAGCUGGAGGUGGUUUUGGAUGUGGAGGAUUUGGAGGAAAUGCACAAGCUGGUGGUGAAAUUGGAGCAAAUUUAGGUUCAGGAAUCAAUGCUGGAUUUGUUGGAAUGAAUGCAGGUGCCGGUAUAGGAGGCAAUAUUGGUGCUGGAGGUGGUUGGGGCAGACGUUGA